GGCUCAAGCAUAAUCAAUGAGCCAAAGGGAAGAACCAUGGCUGCCUGCAAUUGAGUGCGUUGACUGCGGGGUGGGUCAUGGACUUUGUGCCAAACAGUACAAGGUCUCAAUAUGAUGACGUUCCAGGAUUCUCAGAUGAAGAAUGGCCGCAGCAACGCAUGUAUGGAGACUUUUACAGAGAGAAAGAGGACAACACGAGAGGAGUUUCGUUUGCCCCCGAACCAGCGCGGGCAUUGCAAUAUGAUUGCGACUACUACCGUGAACAGGAUGAUGUCCUCAAAGGCUUAACCAUUGCGCAACUUCCCGAAGAGAGCAUGUUUGGCAAUCGGACUCCAUGGUCGUGGGGAAGCUCCACAUGUGCCAGUAGUGAAGAGCAUUUCUUCAAGAACGCUGGAGCGUGUAUCAGUCCUAAGAGCUCGGAGGCUCACGGGAACACUGCCACGCGCCUCUUUGAUCCAGCCGCGGUCGGUGGAAGAGAAUUCACAGAGUCCGAUGUUCCACCGAAGAAGCCAAUGGAUCCUUACUGGCAGUUUGAGGUGACCACUGCAUACGUGCAGACCGCGACUCCAUGGACUCUCGGGAACCACCUGCUGAAUUUCCUUAUGCAAGACCUAGCUUCUCCGAACAUUAAGGUAGGCAAGCCGGGCAAGUUCGCCAUCAAGGCUGAUGCCUUCGUGGGCUCAGUCAAAUGUACACUGAAGAUUCGUGUCUAUUCUGAAGAGAAUGAGAAGUAUGCCGUGGAAUUUCAGAGACGCAUGGGCUGUUCAGUUGCUUUCAACCGUGCCUUCUCCGAGGCAGUGAAGUUUUUGAGAUCUUUCUUCACAGUGCAAUCCACACAUGAGGCUAUGCCAAACUUCAGCCCACCAGUUUGUGAGAGCCCAACCUCUUCCGAUGCUGAGAUUAUGCCAUUGCUGGACAUGGCCAGCUUGGGGACGUUUCCGUCGCUUCAGGCGGAGUCAGCAGCAGCAUUGGCAGACAUGGCAAAGGAUCCCGCGGCAGCAACAUUGCUUCUCAAAGAAGAUGUCUUCAAGGAAAUUCAAAAUCUGCUUCAGAGCAACAACGCUGAAGUUGCGUUCCCGACAAGUCGAUUGUUGUCAAGCUUGGCAAAAAUUCCACAGGCGUCCAACUACUUUUCUGCGCCUGGACUUCUACCUAUGAUGAUCGACAAGGUGCAAUCUCCUGCGUAUGCACAACUGGUGGAGCUAGCCCAGGCGGUGACGCUGGUCAUCGAGAGGGUUUCCUUGGAUGAAGAGCAGAAAGAAAGGGCAACGAUCUCAAGAAUCACGUGGUCUGGUGAAGCUCCAGUUUUAAUGCACAGUCUGCUUGCCAUCGACUGAAUGCUCAAGCUUCUUGGGUGUAUUUCUUGUUGACUUUCUUCCGUCCUGAGAGGUCACUGAUAUGUUUGGUAUCUCACCCGCAUGCCAUCGAUCUAAAGGAUUCUGAGAUAGCCAUGUGGGACUUGUCGCCCAUUGGAGCCCCAGAUGCUGAGAGGAUCUGAGAGGAUCCAUCAAUAAAGAUGAAGAACGAUGCUGCUAGGUCGAUGGGGAGAGCUCUAAAAGACCUCAACAGUCGCAGGGGCCCACUUUGCCGUCAAUUGGGACCGAGUCACCACAUGGGCAGCCAGCCAGGUGUUGCCAGCAACGACCGGAGAAUUGGCCAUCAUCGGUGGAUGCCUGGCAGUUUCGAAGAAUCCUGGUCGAAAUCAUGGUGAGCGCUUCCAAGCUCCAGGUGGACUCAGAAGUCACUCUGACCAGUGAACCGUGCCUUGGGGUUUGUGCUUCGGCUUCAAACCAAGCUUUAGCAAUCCAGCUUUGCAAUUUCACUGGAGGGCAGUCUUUAAGAUUGAAGGAACUGCGAUGGUUUGGACUCUGUGUUUUCUGAUUGAAGGACCUGAAUGUUGGAUUGAAGGACUGCGAAAGACUUCAUUUUGUGGCUUUUUGCACUUCGGUGAAAGAGUUUCGGAGUUGGAGACUUGGUUUCUUUCGAUUAAUCCCAGCUCGGCUUUGCUGACCACUUCAGCAACCACGGCAACAUGGAGAUCAAGCGGAACUUUAACCUUCAUGAAUUCCUCAUGAAGCCAUCAUCUUGUUCACAGGAUGUUGAGAGCGGAACUUGGCAAAGCACUUCCGUUGGACGAGUCGGAGGACGAGUCGUUGGAUUUAUUUGUUUUUCACACCUGUGGAGAGCACCUAGUGGAAUAGCGGCGAGUUGAGAUCAAGAUCUCUUUGAGCUACCUCUUCGGAAGCACAGUUGUACUGUUCUGGAGAACCUAAACCUUUCAAACAGAUUUUGGAUUUUUUGCCCCAUUGACUUUCGUUGGGAAGGUGGUGUGUUGAUUUGUGCUUCCGCCAACUGAUCAACACAGACCCUUUGCCAUCUCUUGUUAGCCGCAGCUAGCCAUUCUUUUCUCAGAAGAGAAGGCACCUCAUUCCAACUGAGCGUCGGCCGUGCUUACCAAGACUCAAACAAAAGAUGCUGCUGACCUGACCAGCUUUUGACACUGCGGUCCUGAGCUGUUGACCGGCAUUUGAAAAGCUGUUUGAGGUUACCAGGCAGCUGCAGUUGGCCAUCAAGGAGAUGGUACCAAGUCACCGUGCACGGCCGCUGUUGGAACAGGCACUGCACACACUUCGACGGCGAUUGGCAUGAGCUCCCAGUCGGGGUGGUUCACCGCCGACAACGUGCCGUUGUGCCAAGUCAUACAUACAUUUCUUCUGUAUGCAGGCUUGCUGUGCAGUGCAGGAGCACGAUGCUGGUAGCUUUCAUUGGGACCUUCGAAUUGGCACCGGGCAGUGGGUAGCUCUGGUUGUAGCAAACAGGCC